AUGAUGGAUUUUGAAUCAUUACCAAAUGAGAUAUUAUUGAGCUGUUUUGAAUAUUUAAAUGGUAAAGAUAUAUUUCAUGGAUUUGAUGGAUUAAAUUGUCGUUUUAAUAUAUUAAUUCAAAAUGUUCCAUUGUAUCUUAAUUUUGAACAUAUCAGAAAAUCUAUUUUUGAUCAAUUUUGUACAAGAAUUUUAUUGAAUCCUGUGAUGAAAAGUGCUAUAUACUCAUUAAGAUUAUCAGAUGCAAUGGAUACAUGUAAUCAAAUCCAAGCAUUUCUACAUUUUUUUCACCUGAAUGAAUUUCCUAAUCUACGAUUAUUAACCCUAAUUGAUAUCGAAAGAAAUAUUUCAUUAGAAGAUAUAUUAUUAUCGUUAUCUAAUCUACGAGAGUUUUAUUUCAUUACAAAGUAUAGUCAUCGUCAUCAAUUACUAGCGUCAGUUCCAUCCACAUUGAGAGUAUUAUCGAUGCCAGAAUCAUUUCUUGAUUUUAUACCAAUUGAUAAAAUUCUAUCAGUGACACAUUUAAUACUGUCUGGUUCUGUUUAUCCAAUUCAGUUAUAUCAAAUUUUCAAAUGUUUACCGAUGUUAGAAUAUUUAAAAGUCGAAAAUCUAUGUUUUUCGAGUAACCUAGACUUAAGUCUUGUCAGUUCCAAAGCUGUUCAUUUAACACAAUUCAUUGCAGGAAUACGUUUGAUUCAAUUUGAUUCUCUUGAAUUCCUGUUCAAACAAAUGCAAAAUUUUAAAAACUUGAAUCUAUUUAGUCCUUACAGUAAAGAAAUAUGUGAUGCUUAUCGUUGGGAACGUAUUAUUUCAUCAUCAUUGUCUAACUUAAACAUUUUUCAAUUUCAUUUUCAUAUCGACCGCUGUGAUUAUCGAGGCGUAAUCGUUUUGUAUAAGGAUUUGAUAUUGAAUCAAUUUCAACAAUUUCAAACUGAUUUUUGGCAUAAAGAACAUCAAUGGCAUACCGCAUAUGAAUUAACGCAAAAAUUUGCGACCAUUUUUACGAUACCGUACAGUUCAAAGAAUUAUACAUUAACCUUGGAUACAAAUACUAAUUGUAAGAUGAUGAUCAAUAAAUCAAAGUUAUUAAGCAAUGUUACACAAUUAACAUACUUUCCAAGAACAGAAAUAUUGCAUCAUUAUUUUUCAAAUGUCAAAUCAUUAAUUUUCAAUCCUGAAAGGCUCGGCUAUAAUAAUAUCGAAUUGAAUUAUCAAUAUAUACAAGUACUUAAGUUGAAUGUUAAUUUAUCUAAUGUAAAAUAUUUAGAAUUUCCAUGGAAUUAUACAAUGAAAUCAUCAUUAUUAUUAGAAAUAUUAAAAGAGACACCAAAUGUAUCAUCGAUAACCGUACCAAAAUCAAGUCUAGUACCAUUGUUCAGUAAUUAUGAAGCACGCGAAUAUUUAAAUAGAAUGAUUAAAAAAUUAGUUGUCAAUGGUACUGAUUCACUUUUUACUUCAUAUGAACUAGAACACUUUUGUAACAUAUUUUCAAAUUUGGAACACCUUGAAUGUGUAAUCACAAGUUUGAAUGAAUUGUUUUACAUAUUAUGUCAAUUAUCAAAAUUGUCAAGUAUUCAAGUUAGUUCAAUUGUAGAAGGAGAUAUCGAUAAUAUAGACUUUUUCGAAGAAAAAAUUGGACCAAAAUUAAAGCAAAACUUUAUGUAUCAUCUUCACUAUCGAAAUAUACAUUACGAUACCACACGAUUGUAUAUCUGGAUCGGUGAAAAUAUUAUUACUUGA